UCCUCCUCCUCUCAGAAACUCCUCCGCGGUGUUUUCAGUAACUCACUCAGAAACUUCAGUCUCCGCUGCUGCAUCUCAGCCCUCACACUCUGUCCCCUGGUUUCGCUGCCAUGCUGGAUUAAGCUCCAUUCACUUCUGCUAUCCGAUGGUUUCUGCUGCAGGUACAAUGAGCUGCUGCACAUCGAGCGAUUAGAGGGUGAGAACAGUUCACUACAGGGCUGCAGUGUUUGCACUGUGACCUGUGGGCUUGAGCAAGGACUGCAAAGAGGACACGGGAACGUUACACGACCAUGGAUUUCGGCAAUGAUGUGGAUCUGUCCAAUAAUAACAUCACACCUCUGUGGAAACGACGCACAGACAAUUGCAAAAAAGCCCAGGACUUGGGCAAAGCCAAAGCGCGACCCCUCAGUUACCACAUCAGUGGGGUCACGACAAAGGACUUCCCCGCGGAGGACAACAGGUAUUCCCUGACCUUGAGCCAACCUGCCGAGAGGUUGGUGGCCGCAGCCCCUUGUUCGGGCAGUAACAUCGCAGUGUUGAAGCACAUUCUUAACAAGCCCUCCAGGAAAUCCAGAGUCAUUCGAAGCAUCAGCAUUGGGCACCUUUCCAGCGGACGCUUCUCAUUGUCCAGAUUUAGGUCUGAGGACAGCAGAUCUGCUUCAUUGGACAAUAGAAAGCGUAAUGGAGACAGUGACAAGGGGAAAAGCAUUAAUGGAAAGGCAGUGUCGUCUGAAAAGUGUCUCCUGGACUCCCAGAUACACAUCUCCAAUCCUUUCACACUGACUUCACAAAAGGACCAGAUAGCAUUUGGGACAAGUUCAUCCACACCCGAUGGUGACCCUCUCAACUGUUCGUCUCCUGUCCUUUCCCCAUGCACUCCCAACAACAACUACAACCACCAUGAACUGUGUUCUCUUUCAUCCACGUCCAGCUCCUCUCCCCCUGUCUGUCGCACCCCUACCCCCUCUCACAGCUCCACCUCCAGCAUCCCCUCCCUCUCUUCCCUCACCUCCUCAGACCCCCCGACCCCACGCUCCCCAUCACCGGCAGACAGAGGACAGCAGAUCCUCAAACAGUCUUCAACCUCGCCUGCCUCGUCACAGGACACCAGGCAUACCUCUUCUUCAUCGUCCAUCUCUUCCACCUCACCCUCCCUUUCCCCGUCUAUCUCUCCCUCUCCCUCCAUCAUCCUCAGCACCCACAGUCCAGCUGCCCUGAAGAUGGGCACCCAGCAGCUCAUUCCCAAGGGCUUAGCAUCUGAUAGUCGGCAGAGCAAGGUGCCUCCCUCUGGGCAGCAAGGCCAAGGUUUGGCAGGUCUGCUCGGGUUGGAUCAUUCCAAGAGAGCUCUGAAAUCCCUCAGUAUGGUGGAGAUUGGACCGUACUUUUCCACCGGAGGGAACCACGGUGAAGCGACAGAGGGAGAGAGUGACAGCCCGGGGACACUCAGGAGAGGCUUGAGGACUACCUCCUAUAGGAAGGCUGUUGUGAGUGGAGUAGAGUCCCAGCCUGUUAUCCAA